GGUUUCAGGAAUCCAUUGGUGGUACAAAGACUCUAGCCAUGCAGCUGAGCUAACAGCUGGAUAUUACAACCUUGAGGGACGGGACGGAUACCGGACCAUAGCGAGGAUGCUAGCUCGCCAUCAUGCCUCUAUGAACUUCACAUGUCUUGAGAUGAGAGACUCCGACCAACCCGCUGAAGCCAAGAGUGGGCCACAAGAACUUGUUCAGCAGGUGUUAAGUAGCGGAUGGAAGGAGUUGAUUGAUAUGGCGGGUGAGAGCGCGUUGGCAAGAUAUGACGAACAAGCCUAUGAUCAAAUACUUUUGAAUGCGAGACCAAAUGGGGUCAACCUUAAUUCCUCCCCUAAGCUGAAGAUGUCUGGUUUUACCUACCUUCGUUUAUCAGAUGAUCUUUUAAAAGAUGAUAACUUCCAACUCUUCACAAAAUUUGUCAAGAAGAUGCAUGCUGAUCUGGAGUCUUCUCGAAAUGGUGCAAAUCCAAUUGUUCUCCGGAAAUCGAAACCGGCGUUUUCAAGUGAUGAGAUAUUGGAAGCAAGCAAUAAGGGGAAGAAGCCAUAUCCAUGGUACGAUACCACAGAUAUGCCUGUGGAUGGCUCGUACCCUUUCGAGUGAUUGAAGGAAGCAUAUGUGUGCUUUCACUGCUUUGCUUUCGUUCGGAAUUCUAUUGUAUGGAAUUAAUCGAAUAACAAUAAGACGGAGUAAUCAUAAUAAUGCACACUGCAGAGUAAAUAAUGACAAUAAUCCACUUCAGUUGAACAUCCGAGUAAUUCCUUUUCUUAUUUUUUUGCAACUAUUAUUGUUUUUGUUAUUAUUUUAUUCCUAUCACCAAUUCGAAAAACUAAGUAAUU